GCGACGGCGGCAGGCGCGAAGGCGGAGGGGCAGGCAGGCCCCCCAGAGCGCCCCGCUCUGGGGAACCGGAGCGGAAGAGGCCCGAGGCGCGUGUCUCCCGGAAAAAGCUGCAUUUGAACUAAACCGGCUUCUCUGUCGCCACAGCACGGGCUCCUGAGGACCUGUGACUGACUCCAGCGGCGGUACCCCGAGUGCAGCGGCCGCCGCGUCUGCGCCCACAGAACCCCGGGAAACAUCCGCCCUGGGGAGAAGAUGCAUAAGAUACGAGGAAAACCGUUUCCUGGAACAUCGGAGGUGUAACGGGGGCUUUUUGAGCUGGUACGGUCAGGGGCAGACAUGGUGAACUCCAUCAGUGAGCUGGAGCUGUCUAACGACAGAAGUAACGAGGAGAUCUCCCAGGUCGCGCUCCUGCAGUUGUCAGACGACGCGGCGCACAGAGAAAAAAGUUUAGCUGUUGCGCCGGAAAAAGCUGGCUACCCGGACCCCGUGUACGUGAUGGCAGCGAACAUUUUUCAGGGUAUUCGAAAGGAAAAGUCGCCAGAGAAAGCCAUAAUCAAGUACGGGAAUGAACCCCUGCGGUUCUCGUUGCAGUCAGAGGAUGAAACGUUUAGGCGAUUGUCCUACGAGCUGGCUUUCAGCACCCUGAAAUAUCAAGAUAUUUUGGAAACUAUAUUAAUAGACAGCUAUCUAUUCCCAAGCACUACAAUACCACAUCAUUUGAAUAGUCUUAUUAUUGUGAUGCUGUAUGAUUUCCAAGAUAGAAAAUUUCAAACUCGUGUCCUUCCUGAUAAUGAAGAGUCCAUAUCAGAAGUUCAAGAAGUAGAGGACCUUCUUAAUAGUUUUAAGACAAAAUUGGCUGCAGCUUUGGCAAGAUGUCGAAUCAAACACGAUGCUCUUUCCAUUUAUCAAAUUCUGCCGGAAUCGCUCAGGAAACAGGAACUGAGAGCCUCCACCCUGCCGCUUUAUGCUUGGAUAAACACUUAUAAGAUAAGCCCUGAAGAAGUUUAUAGUAAUUUGAAGAAAAAAGGCUACAAUCAAGUCACAUCUAUAUUGCAUGUUGAUGAUAAAGUCUUUGCUGUGGACCAACAUUGCUAUGAUGUCUUAAUUUUUCCAUCUCGUUUUAAAAAAGAUCUUAUAAAUACAGAUCUUUUCAAAGAUUAUAAAGUCAUUUUUCAGGACAAAUCUCGAAGUCUUGCUGUCCAUUCCGUAAAAGCUUUAUUAAAUAUGGAGGAUGAUAUUUUAAUGGUCAACACAGGUUCAUGGUACACAGUUGCCCAUAUGUCUGUCUUAACAAGUAAUAAUACCUCAAAAAUAUUUGUUUGUGGAGUACAGUCACAAGCCAACAAUCUUGACUUAAAGAACCUUUUCACAAAAAUGGGAUGUAAAAAUAUUGAAAUACUGGGUGAGACAUUUGUUAACAUUGAAUCAAAGGACCCGAGGUUACAGAAAGUUAAAGUGAUCCUGCUGCUGCCUCGUUGUUCAGGAGCAGGCAUUAGCAAUCCAGUAGAAUUUAUUUUAAAUGAGCAUGAAGACACAGAUUUACUUAAAGACCUUUCUCAAGGAGGCACAUCAGAAGAUAAACUUCAGGUUCUUACUCAACAACAAUACGAGCUGCUAACACACGCAAUGAAAUUUGCUAAAGCGCAAGCAAUUGUUUACUGCACAUGCUCAACUUAUCCAGAGGAAAAUGAAGCUGUUGUUAAGAAGGCAUUGGAAUUUCAAGAUCAUGGGGUUAAAGUACAACCUUACAGGCUCAGUCCCCCUGUCCUUCCACUGUGCUCCUUGAAAGAAAUCCAAUUGUGCACCGAUAAGUUUUUCAGAGUGGAACCAUCUGAGCUCACCAACGGGUGUUUUCUUUCUGUUUUAACAAGAGAGCGGGACCCAUCUGAGGCCGUGUCUGUGAAAGACGUUUUGGCCCGGGCUGCAGCAAAGGGUCUGCUGGAGGGGAUUGAGUUGGGAAAAUCAUCGAAACGGGAGAAGAAAAGGAAGAAAUCAAAAACCUCACUGCCCAAAGCUCUUGCUGGUGAUAAUUAUAGCAUCCAACUGAAGAUCGCCGAGUUCCUGAGCCAAGAAAAUAAAGCACACCCCAGUCAACCAGAGCCGCUGACGGUAAAAUCAUUUCUUCCACAGAAGACUGUGGCUCAAGAUCUGGCUUCUUCCCCCCAGGUCAGAAAACCCAGCAAGCCUGCCGCCAGCUCUCCAAUGCCCACGUCGACCAAGAACGUCGACCGUCCAACGUCGACGAAGAGCUCCUGCCCCUGCAGGCGGUGGGACCGGCAGGCACAGUUGGGGAGACCUCGACGGGAAAGCAAAGUCAUUGCUCUGAAACCCGUGGAGAUUGUCUUGCCCCCGGUGACGCUUCCAUUUUCAGGUUCCCCGGGGUUCCGCGCUCAGAUGCCAGCUCCACACGUCUUCUGCCGCUGGACUGGAUCCAAGGCGGUCACGCCAGGCAGCCUCCCCCCGUCCGUCCCAUCAGCCUCCGAGGGGGGGGAGAAGCUGAAGGAAAACUCUCCGCCCGCCCUGCCGCGGCGCCCCCGGCGUUCCCGGCCGUGGCUCUGAGCGUCCCGCCCUUCUCCCGUGGCCGGGAACCGGUGAUUUUCCCCACAGUGCGGUGCUCUUGGAAGGUUAGACGUAGCUGCACAAGAUGCUCACCCCUUCGGCGCUCAGUGUCUUUUUACCUCCCAGGAACGCAGGAAGCUGAGAAACAGCAAUGCAGCGCGCGCAGAGCAGAAUCCAGCAGCGGGCGCUGAUGUGUUCCAAGAGCUGUGGGCUCCGUCCUGCUCCUGGGAGCCUCCUCCCUGGGUCACAGCGCUGGCAGGCUCCAAGGAAAGCAGGCAGGGCUCUUUGCAUGUUCACAGGAAGCAGGAUGGGCGCCACACACGGGUCCUUCCCGCCAGCUGCGGAGCGCACCUGAGUUUCCAGGCAGCUGGAGCUGAACUUUGAAAAUCACAAUCAGAGUUGCUUUGCUCCUUAAGUACUAAACUAUUUUUGAAACAAGGAAGUGAUGUGCAUUUUUGUAAGGAUACUGAGCUUGAGCAGAAAGUGGCGCUCACUUUGCUGAAUGUGAACGUUUCUGUGGGCAGAGCCUCCCACACCUGAGUAGACUGAACACUGCCCUCCCCGCCUUCUGCCUGUUUAUGCCAAACACUUGGGAAAAUUGCGGUGAGCAAACUUCCACCUAAAUAUUCAUAAUUUGGAGAAAAGGAGCAAAACUGUUGGCCGUGAUACCUGGUUGUGGAAGAAACUCAUAAAGAUUUCUGAUUCUAUUCAAAGAUUAGGUGAGAACAGAAUGUGCGAGUCAUUUCAAAUGGCAAGUAAUCAAACUUCGGUAAAUCAUUUCUGAUGCACAAUUAAAAUGUUGCAUUGUUAAUUAUCCUAAAUGCCAGAUUCCUCCAGAAUCUACUUGCCUACAAAUUGUCUACAAAUAUUGUGAUGAUUAUUAUUUCUGGAUCUACUAAAUUUUUUCAUCUCAGCAAUUGUUCUACAUUAAAUACAGGAAGUUUACGACUAUAAAUCUUAAGUGUUAAAAAAAAGUUCAGACACAUAGUUUGCGUUUAAAGUUUUAUUUCCAGAAUUCAGUUGUGUGGAAGUAUUAGUAAACUCUUAAUGCUCAAUUUAUGUGACAUGGUUUUUGUGGAAUAUUUAGGUCUGUUGCAGCUCAAUAUUCUAUUUCUUGAAGUGGGAAGAAGAGUGAUUAAUUUCAUUUUCACAGUACUGUUUGUAUUUUAGCUGAAGAUUUACAUUUUUCAGGACAGUCUUUAAGUGAACAAAGAUGUUUUACUUGAAUCAGCCUUAUAAUUUAAAAUCCCAAAAUUGUUAUGGUACUUAUGAUUCUUGAAAAAAUGCAGGCAUGUUUUAAAUGCUCAGCUUAUUUUACUAAAAGUAUCAGAAAUGAUGUACUUCAAAUUGCAGCAUGGAAACAUGCUGUAUCUCCACCCACAUCUGAUUUAGAGCACCUUAACAUCCACAGCAGGGCAUUGCAGCCACUUUAGCACUGUUCAGUAAGGAGAAACCUUACCCUUUUCCUGCCCUCCCCACUACCCAAGGCUGAAAAGUGUCCCAUGUCUGAAAGUAACAGGUCUGGGAUCUGCAUUUUCCAGUCCAUUUUCUGUGCUGUAUUUUGAAAUAGCCCAGGGUGCUUUCUAAUCCCCAGAGCACCUGGGACUUAUGUCACAGCUCAGACUCACAUCUCCAGCUGUCCAUCUUGGCACUAAAUUGUUUUCCUCUUUAAAAGCUUAUGAAGGUUCUGAACCAAACUGUUCAUUAAUGAAACCUGAAUUUUACUCAUUGAGAAUUUUUAAGGAGGACAAGACCAGUUAUUUAAAUACACUGAUAGAAUAAAAAGGGUAACUUUUUAAGGGUAACAGCAAAACAAGAAUUUCAGUAAAGACUUGAUAAUAUGGGUCUUUUCCUGUGGCAUUUCAGUUGCUUGAACUUUUAAAAGUAUUGCAAAAGUCUAAAACAAUCAAUCUAUAAUUAGAUAUUCCAAUAACAAAUUUGGGUUUUUAUCUGAAACCGUCUACAACUGUGAAAACCGCAAUACCAAAAUGAACUUUUGUUCCUUGAGUCAUUGCCUUGACAGCAGAGAACUCGGGGGGGUGCGUCCCUGUCCCUCGCUUUUCGGGUCUGCACUUCUGCUGACCCACGGCCGAGUUCCCAGCGACCUUUCAUUUCGGAUUUAGCGCCUAUACAUUCUGUCCGUCAUUCUCUGGUUAGUUUCCUAAUAAGCUCCCUUGUGCAAACAGUUUAAUUCUAGAAAGACUGCUACAUUGGUGACUGCGUAGGCUUCUGUGUCCAGAACGCCUGCUGUCUUUCCACAGCACCAAACAAAGCCCGGGUAAUUACUCAAAAUUUACUUUCCAUUUCUUACCAGGUAGAGAGACACAAUCAUUAAUCAGAGCUGAAUCUUUCAUUACAAUCAUGUUGGAUUUCUAAAACAUUUGAUGAUAAAAUAAAAUGACUAGUGUAGAGAUGCCGUGUAUAUUUCUAUUUCUCAUACAUACAACUGAGUUGUCAGAUCAAUGAGCCGAACAUCUUUAUGCAGCUAAGUUUAUUCUCACAACACAUUACAUUUAAAUGUGUAAAAGUGGUCAACAGCAAAAGGGGU